CGAGCAGGAAUCAGAUGCGCGUUACUGGAGGCGGAGAGAUUGGGAGGAGUGAGACCAUACACCCUCAUCAUCCUCCGCUAACGCCAAGUCAAGCGAAGCAGAAAAUGCUCCCAGCGGGCGCAGGGUGAACUCAGCCCGGUAAGAGCGACGCCGAUGCCCCCGUCCUCGCGAGUGGCGCGAUCGCUCACCUGUGGACAUGUAUCAAGGUGUAGCGAUGACCGCAAACCACGGACCAGCGUCUUACGAGCCCGGGUUCCUGCAUAACGCCGCGGCUUCGCCAGUGUACGUGACACCCACCCGGGUCACCCCGAUGAUCCCGGCGCUGCCGUACCUCCAGACGCCGCAGCAGAGCAGCCCGGUGUCCGCGCACUCGGGAUGGGCGCAGGCGGGCGCGGACACGGUCGCCUCUUACAGCUCCACCGGCGGCCAGCAUCACUCUCCGGUCUCCAGGUUCACGUUCUCCACGAGCACUCCGUUGAGCUCCGGGGUCGCGGCGGCGCGGGAGACGGUGAGUUACUCCGGCCCGCUGAACAUCUCCGCCGGCGGGAGAGAGCACUACGGUUCGCGCGGUCUGAGCGGAUCCUAUCACGGCGGAUACCCGGCUUACAUGAGCCCCAACAUCGGCGGCUCUUGGGCGGCGUCGCACUUUGACAGCUCCGUGCUGCACAGCCUCCAGAGCGGCGGAGCGCCCGGGCCAAUGCGCCACCACAGUCUAGAGUUGCUGGAUGAUUUGGCUGAGGGUCGUGAGUGUGUGAACUGCGGGGCGAUAGCUACUCCUCUGUGGCGGCGGGACGGGACGGGUCAUUAUCUGUGUAACGCCUGCGGUCUCUAUAACAAGAUGAACGGGAUCAACCGGCCGCUCAUCAAACCUCAGAGACGACUGUCUGCGUCCAGACGGAUUGGUUUGUCCUGCACCAACUGUCAGACGACCACAACCACUCUCUGGAGACGUAACGCAGAAGGAGAGCCGGUCUGCAACGCCUGCGGACUCUACAUGAAACUCCACGGGGUUCCUCGUCCUCCUGCCAUGAAGAAAGAGGGAAUUCAGACGCGCAAACGCAAACCCAAAAACUUCAGCAAGUCCAAACCUGGGUCAUCCGAGGGUCAGACGGCGUCCAGUGCUAUGAACUCCAGUCCCACUGAAGAACCGCGGCCCAUAAAGACGGAGCCGGACACUUCAUCACUCUACACACACCAACACACACCGGUCUCUGUAUUCCCGUCGUAUCUGGGAACGCCAAGCUCAAGUUCUGCUCUCAAACUUUCUCCAAGUGGAUCUUCCGGCUCCAAAAGCGAAGUGUGGAACAGCUUUAUUCUGGGAUAAGAUCCCGAGAUCCUCCUGUGACAGCGAGCUCGGAGCAGAAGAACUGCCAGAACCAGUGAGCAUCAAUGAUGAAGUGACGAUGCAGAACUAUCUCUGAUGUGUAGACAAUCAUGAAAAGAUCCUCUUAGUACAGUGAGACCUGAAUACUGUGAUGCACAUCAACAGAUCAGUAGAAAACCCUGGACCUGAUUCUAAAAGUGCUGUGAAUCGCAGGAACCAAGACCCUUCAGUCCCAGAAGAUCACGAGAACUUUAUAUAACCUGAAUGUUCCCGAUCACUGCCUGAUGGACUCAUAGCAUGUGCUUCACUCCUCUUUAAGACAUUGGUUUCAU